GCCCCAAACACGGCGGGAGAGCCAAGUGUAAACAGCGCGAUGGACGUCCUGAAGCUCUUUGAUUGGGAGCAAAGUCGGGAGGCUAUCAAGCAACUCGAAAAGCUGUUGGAAUGUAACAUCUGUGGUACAGUUGCUGCAAAUCCCCAGAGUUUAGGCAGAUGUGACCACUUUUUCUGUAGUUCUUGUGUGGGAAAGGUUGACAAUGGAAUCUGUCCAGCUUGCAAGAUUCCAUCCCCACCCUGUGAAAUGAAGCCUGAUCGCAUAAUAGCUGGCUUGGUCUCAUCUGCAAGGGAUUUGAAAUUCCUUCUUGAUGGAGGAGAACUUAAUGGAAUAACUCCAGGUCUGGAGGCCCCCCCUACCCCUCCCACAAAAUCAAUAGGGAGUGUCAAAAGUGCAACUAGUCUAAAUCAAGUUAGUGAGGUAAAAUCCAAAAUUGGUAAUGGAACAGACAAAAAGAAGACCAGUGAAGUAAAAAGUGAAAGUAACAAAGUUACAGAUAAUCAGCCAAAAGUCAGAAAAAAGGCAGCUGAAGUGAAACCUGUAAAAAAAGCAAAAACAUCUGCCAACCAGAAUACGUCAAAGAGUGGAUCAAGCAGCAAGAAUUCACCGAUGUCCCCUUCAGCUCAGAAAUCAGAAGGCAAAGGAGAAAAAGAGAUUAAGUCAAUCCCAGUCACUCCAGAUUGCAAGAAAAUCAUGAAGAUUGCUGAUUUAAGUGCCCUUGGUAUGAGCCCAAACACACCAGCUAUUAACAAAAGGAACAGCAAGGGAGAAACUCCCCUUCAUGUAGCAUGCAUUAAGGGUGAUGCUGUAAAGGUUCAGAGCUUACUGUCUGAAGGAGCCAACCCAAACACGAAGGACAAUGCUGGAUGGACUCCAUUACAUGAAGCCUGUAGUCAUGGAUUCUUGGCCAUUGCUAAGGUAUUGCUGCAGCAUGGAGCAAUUGUUGAUGUUCCAGGAGGAAACAAUGAAAUUCCGCUUCAUGAUGCUGUGACACAGGGCAUGGUAGAGGUGAUUAAGCUUCUGCGCUCAUGGGGUGCAAGUGAUACAGCUAGAAAUCUUCAUGGGCACACCCCAAGGUCCUUAGCUAAUGUUUGUAAUGGAGCUGAGGAACUUCUGUGUGCUCUGGACACCCCUGUAGAUGAAUCUCUGAAGAGACCCCUUUUGCAGUUGCCUUUGCAAGAGAAGGUUGUUCUGUUGGGGUCAGGAUUGUCAUCUGUCCAGGCGAAGAACUUUGAACGUUUUUCAAAGCUACUAAGAGCAAGGAUUGUCCCAGAUUUUAGUUCUGAUGUGACCCAUGUUAUUGCCGAAUGUGUCCGGGAUCAAGCAGUGUGUCAGCGCACCCUCAAAUACAUGAUGGCAUUGGCAUCUGGCAAAUGGAUUCUCUCACACAGAUGGAUGGAAGAUUGCAUUACACAAGAAUUAGUAAUAAAUCCAGAGAAGUAUGAAGUGUCUGGAUCAAACCACAAUGCUAGCAGCAAUGCUCCUAAGCAAGCAAGAACUAACGCAGCCAAAAUGCGACCAGGAUUAUUCAAUGGUUGCCACAUGUUUCUUUGGGGGAACUUCAGAGAACCGAACCCAAGCAAGAAGGAAGUGGAGGGCCUGAUCAGAGCUGGGGGAGGUGUAAUACUUGCCAGGGAACCAAAUCCAGAAUCCAUCCCAGAAAAAGAACAAACAGUACCUUAUCACAGUGCUCCAGAUGGCCCCCUGGCAACCUGUUCUCAUUAUAUCAUCUACCAGGAAGGCAGUGUGGAGCCCCAGCUGAAGUAUGAUAUGACACACAUCAAGUCCCUCCCUCUGUCAUGGCUCAUUGACUGUGUUGACCACUUCCAGCUAGUGCCACCUUAUAAGUAAUUUAUCCCCUCCCACUUCUCCUUCCUCUCCUUCUUCUUCUCCUUCUUCUCCUUCUUCUCCUUUGUCUCCUUCUUCUCCUUCUCCUUCUCCUUC